AUGUUCAAGUUGGUGGUAUUGUGUGCUUGCGUGGCAGUAGCUUUCGCCAGACCAGGAAAUUUGUAUGGAGCAGUACAUGAUGUCGUUUUAGAACACGAUGUGGUAGCGCCAGCAGUAGUUGGUUCAGCAGUAAUCGGCUCUGCACCAACGGCCGUGUCACAUCAAAGCCGAACUGAUGUCCACCAUAAAAACGUAGUUGAACAUCAUGCACCAGUAGUUGCCUACGCUGCUCCUGCACUUGCCGCACCCGCAUCUGUGACAACAUAUACUGCUCCAGCUGUUGUUGGAUCAGCAGUAGUAGGAUCGGUCCCGUCUGCAGUAUCUCACCAAAGUCGUACAGAUGUACAUCACAAAACAGUAGUAGAACAACACGUUCCAGCCGUCGCUGUUGCUUCCCCGGCGCUAGUGGCCGCUCCUGCAGCAGUAACAGCCUACGCUGCUCCAGCAGUUGUAGCUUCCGUGCCAAAAGCCGUAUCACACCAGAGCCGAAGCGAUGUCCAUCACAAAACAGUAGUAGAACAUCACGCUCCAGCUCUGGCCUAUGCUGCUACUCCAUUGGUGUCUGAAUAUGCAGCCUACCCAGCAUACACUUAUCCAUACAGUUAUGCCCCAAUUGCACAUAGCUGGUAA